UUGAGCGGUCGCCCGUGAGUAGUAAUGGCCGCUCUGGGCUUGACGCUGGGAACUGAGAGCAGACCGGGGGGUAGCUGAGGAAAAGACGGCGGGGAAGAGCAAGGAAGGGCGGCGGCACCCCCCUCCCCGUCCCGGGUCCCGCAGAGAGACCCGAGGGAGAAGGAGAGAAGAGGACAACAGCUCGAGAAGCCGAUACGCAGAGACGGUGGUGGUGGAGUCGUGCCUAGACACUGGCGGCAGAGGGCGGGAGGGGGAACGCAGUCCGCCGCAGACAGACCCCGGGAGCGAGGGUUGGGGGUGACGGACAGACCGGACGCCGGAGUCCCCCCACAGCCGAGACAGUGGGGCAGCCGGAGCCAUGAGUGGGUCUCCGCAGGAGAGCGAGCCGGAGGCGAAAAUACUCCACACUAAGCGGCUGUACAGGGCCGUGGUGGAGUGCGUUCACAAGCUCGACAUCAUCGUCCACAGCAAGUCGUCGUACCGAGAGGUCUUCAAGCCCGAGAACAUCAGCCUGCGCAACAAGCUGCGGGAGCUGUGCGUCAAGCUGAUGUUCCUGCACCCGGUGGAUUACGGGAGGAAAGGGGAGGAGCUGCUCUGGAGGAAGGUCUACUAUGAGGUCAUCCAGGUCAUCAAGACCAACAAGAAGCACAUCCACAGCCGCAGCACUCUGGAGUGUGCCUACAGGACGCACCUGAUCGCCGGGGUGGGCUUCUACCAGCACCUGCUACUCUAUAUCCAGUCCCACUACCAGCUAGAGCUGCAGGACUGCAUCGACUGGACACACGUCACCGACCCCCUCAUUGGUCGGAAGAAGCCGGUGUCGGCGACGCCCAAGGAGAUGGAGUGGGCGCAGAACGCGUGUCACCGCUGCCUGGUCUACCUGGGAGACCUGGCGCGCUACCAGAACGAGCUGGCCGGCGUGGAGGCCGAGACGCUGGCCGAGCGGUUCUACCAGCAGGCGCUGUCCGUGACGCCAAACGUGGGAAUGCCUUUUAAUCAGCUGGGCACCCUGGCGGGGAGCAAGUACUACAACGUGGAGGCCACUUACUACUACCUGCGCUGCAUCCAGUCCGAGAUGCCCUUUGACGGCGCCUACGGCAACCUGAAGCGCCUGUUUGAGAAGGCGGCCAAGAUGUACCAUCAGGUGAAGAGGCAGGAGAUGAAGAAGCUCUCUCCGGCUCGGCAGAGAUCGAAAGAUAUCAAACGUCUGCUGGUGAGCUUCAUGUACCUGCAGAGUCUGCUGCAGCCCAAGAACAGCCUGCUGGAGUCCGAGCUGACCUCCCUGUGCCAGUCCGUGCUGGAGGACUUCAACCUGGUGCUGUUCUACCAGCCGGGGGCUCCUCACUGCUCCCCCACCGCUGGCGAGGAAGAGGAGGACCACGAUGCCCGCUGCUCCUUCCUGCCCGACACCCUGGUCUUCAGGAUGGGCGUGACCUGCCUCAUGGUGGUGCACAGCCUGAAGAGGGCGGGCUCCAAGCAGUACAGCGCUGCCAUCGCCUUCACCCUGGCUCUGUUCUCCCACCUGGUCAACCACGUCAACAUCCGGCUGCAGGCCGAGCUGGAGGAGGGGGACAGCCAGGUGCCCCCGCUGCACACGGACCACACAGAUGACCCGGAAGUGAAAGAGGCAGCGGGGGGGCUGACCUCCGAGGAGGGGGUUCUGCAGAACGGCACUGCGGGGGAGGAGGAAGAGCGAGAGGAGGGGGGAGAAGCCGGGAAGAGGCGAGGGAGAGGAGGCCGGGCGAAAGAAGGGAUGACGGAGGAGGAGGAGGAAGAGGAGGAGAAGAAACAGCAGCAGCAGAAGAAACAGAAGAAAUACUCCCGGCUGUCCAUGCUGCGUCGGCGCCGGUACGCCCGCAAGGAGGACGAGAGCGACCUGAGCGAGGGGUUCGAGAGCGAGGAGGAGGACGAGGAGGAGGAGGAAGAGGAGCGGGACAGGGAGACGGGGAGCUCGGGACCCCCAGCCAGCGCCCCGCAGCCCGGGAGGGAGGGGAAGCCCCAGCCGCCGGAGGGCCAGGGAGGGGGCUGGGAGAGCGCUUCCGAGGAGGAAGAGGAAGGCGGCACAGCUUUUGACGUGGACACUGACUCGGACAUGAACAGCCAGGAGUCGCGCUCCGACCUGGAGGACAUGGAAGACGCAGAAAGCCACGGCGGAGAAGAGGGGGGAGGCUCGGACCCCGGGGACCCCCGGAGGUCCCCCCCCGACGAAGUCGCCGCCCCACCGGCCUCCAACGGCCCCUCCCUGGCCAGCGACCCCAGCAUAACCAGCAACCUGCAGGCCAUGUCCUCCCAGCUCUUCCAGAGCAAGCGCUGCUUCCGACUGGCGCCCACUUUCAGCAACGUGCUUCUGCGCCCCCAGAAUCCCUCUGCACCCCCUGCGCCAGCUCCCAGCCAGUUCACCCCUUCACCAGCGGGAGAGUUACCGGCCCAGACGGGCCCUGGUACCGCCAACGGCACCAACGACAAUGAGGGAGGUUCGGACUCCGAAGGCAGCGAGGUCAGUAACCAUUCGAGCCGGAACGAGAAGACUCUUCCUGAGAAGCUGGAGAUCCUGACCAAUCAGGGCCUGCUCCCCGCGGUCAAGAUCUUCGUGGACUGGCUGAGGACAAACACGGACAUCAUCGUCAUGUGUGGGCAGAGUUCUCAGAGCCUGUGGAACCGACUGUCGGUCCUGCUCAACCUGCUGCCCGAUGGGAGUAAGAUGCUGGAGGCAGGGCUGGGCCUGAGCGAGGAGGUGACCCGGCUGCUGAGCGAGUGCGAGCAGCCCAGCCUGGCGCAGACGCUGCUGCUGCCCGAGGACCUGGCCCUGCGCCACCUGCCCGCCCUGCACCUGGCCCACCGCCGGCUGGACUUCGCCCGCGAGCGGCCCUCCCUCGGGCCCCUGCAGGAGUGUGUGGUGCGAGUCUGCUGUAUCCGGAGCUUCGGUCACUAUCUCACCAAUCUCCAAGGCAACGUGCUGCACUUCAAUCCGGAGGCGGGCAUCUUCACUAGCAUCAGCCAAUCAGAGCAGGAGAACCUGGUGCAGCUGGCCAAGGCGCAGUUCCGCAUGGCCGAGGAGGAAGCGCGCCGGAACCGGCUCAUGAGAGACAUGGCCCAGCUUCGUCUGCAGGUGAGACUCCCACGCUCUGCCACCGUCUGGGGUUCGAAAUGACCUUGCUUAGACUGGUUGGUCGGAACAGGGUUUGGUUUUUUUUGCCAAGCUGUAAAGGACUGAAGGCCGGCUGUUAGAAUGAACAGUUUUCAUUGUGAAUCCCUCACCACAAAGUCAUUGGUAGAUUGGUACAUCGCUCUCAAUUGCAGUCUACUUCCAAACUGCUUUCCUCUCUAUACACAAUUACAGAUUGGCCAUGCUGUUUAUAGACCCAGUUAAUGUUAUUCCAAGUGCCAUCUUACAGUCCUUAAAUCCAUGUUGUAUUCAUUCUGACAUUAAAUGUGACAUGAAAUUAAGUGUUAACUUAUAUUUUUGCAAAUCUGCAAAAGGAGGUACAGUACCAUUACAUGAAAUAUUGAGCUUUCAAUAUUUGCAGUAAAAAAUUAAAUUCAAUUUUUAUGGUGUCGCAUACUGUAUAUACAGUAUUCAUAUAGUAUUUGUGGAAGUUUGAAGGCUUUGGGUAUGGCUGCUCUAGGGGCAGCCCCUGUUGUGAUACAAAAAGUUAAAAUCGCUGGGGAGUAUCAUUUCACAGUUUGGGGGGUGUUCAGUUGGGUCGUUCGGUCACGGUGAGUUAGUAACACGACCUAGGCUCGAACCCUUCUUCACGAAGCUGCUGCUGCUCUCUGUGCCAGAGCUGUCACUGGUUAGGGCUCUGGGGAGCCCCAACCCCGAGCACACUUGCCAUUUUAGGGGUCCCUGUGAGCAAGAGAGUGAGAUGCACGUUUUUCCAGACGAAUGCUGACCAGUCACAAAAACCCCAUAUAACAGGGGUCUGUGUCCCCGCUCACUUUCGCGACGACUAUCGGGGAUCUUUACAGCGCGAGAAGCAAGGGAAUAGAGUGUGGAAACAGGGUUUCAUGCAGCCUGGUGCGGUUUCUGGGGUGAUCUCCGCCCCGUGCCUUUCUGCAGAAGAAAGGGGAUCAGUAACCCCACUGUGCUCCAAAGAAAUUGUCCCCUCGUGAAGGAGGGACGGACCCGCGGAACGGGACAUGGAAUAACGAGGGUCCCCUGGCUCUGCGGGGUUGUCAGGCCAUGAUGGCGC